GCCCGGCCCGCCCGGCCCAGUGCACCGCGGCUGUCUGCUGGGCUCGCGCGCCGCGAACCCGGCCUCAGCCGCCUCAGCAGCCUUAGUCCCUCAGCCGCCGCCGCCUCAGUCUCGCCCUCCGCGCCGUCCGGCCCCGCCGCCCCGCGCGCCCCCAGGCCCUCAAGCCAGAUGAUGAACUUCCUGAGGCGCCGGCUGUCGGACAGCAGCUUCAUCGCCAACCUGCCCAAUGGCUACAUGACCGACCUGCAGCGGCCCGAGCCCCAGCAGCCGCCGCCGCCGCCCCCCGGUCCGGGCGCGGCCUCGGCCUCCUCGGCGCCCCCGGCCGUCUCGCCGGGCCCCGAGCGGAGGCCGCCGCCGGCCCCGGCCCCGGCGCCCGCGUCGCAUCCCGCGCCGCAGGCGGCCGCGGCGCCAUCGGUGGGCAGCAGUUUCUUCAGCUCGCUGUCCCAAGCCGUGAAGCAGACGGCAGCCUCGGCCGGCCUGGUGGACGCGCCCGCGCCCGCGCCCGCCGCCGCCAGGAAGGCCAAGGUGCUGCUGGUCGUCGACGAGCCGCACACCGACUGGGCCAAGUGCUUCCGGGGUAAAAAAGUCCUUGGAGAUUAUGACAUCAAAGUGGAACAGGCGGAAUUUUCAGAGCUUAACCUGGUGGCUCAUGCAGAUGGGACCUAUGCUGUGGAUAUGCAGGUCCUCCGGAAUGGCACAAAAGUUGUCCGGUCCUUCCGGCCAGACUUUGUGCUUAUCCGGCAGCAUGCAUUCGGCAUGGCAGAGAAUGAGGACUUCCGCCACCUUGUCAUUGGCAUGCAGUACGCAGGCCUCCCCAGCAUCAACUCACUGGAAUCCAUUUACAACUUCUGUGACAAGCCAUGGGUGUUUGCCCAGCUGGUGGCCAUCUACAAGACAUUGGGAGGAGAAAAGUUCCCACUCAUUGAGCAGACAUACUACCCCAACCAUAAAGAGAUGCUGACACUGCCCACAUUCCCUGUGGUGGUGAAGAUUGGUCAUGCUCACUCAGGCAUGGGCAAGGUCAAAGUGGAAAACCACUACGACUUCCAGGACAUUGCUAGUGUGGUGGCCCUCACCCAGACAUAUGCCACAGCAGAGCCUUUUAUUGACGCCAAGUAUGACAUCCGGGUCCAGAAGAUAGGCAACAACUACAAGGCUUAUAUGAGGACAUCGAUCUCAGGGAACUGGAAGACAAACACUGGCUCUGCAAUGCUGGAGCAGAUCGCCAUGUCAGACAGGUACAAGCUGUGGGUAGACACCUGCUCUGAGAUGUUUGGUGGCCUGGACAUCUGUGCUGUCAAAGCUGUACAUGGCAAAGAUGGGAAAGACUACAUUUUUGAGGUCAUGGACUGCAGUAUGCCACUGAUUGGUGAACACCAGGUGGAGGACAGACAACUUAUCACUGAACUAGUCAUUAGCAAGAUGAACCAGCUGCUGUCCAGGACCCCUGUCCUGUCCCCUCAGAGACCCUUAACCACCCAGCAGCCACAGAGUGGAACACUUAAGGAUCCGGACUUGAGCAAGACCCCACCUCAGCGGCCAGCCCCCCAAGGGGGCCCUGGGCAACCCCAAGGAAUGCAGCCCCCAGGCAAGGUGAUGCCUCCACGCCGGCCUCCCCCUGGACCAUCACUACCACCUUCCUCCUCUUCCUCCUCCUCCUCUUCUUCCUCCAACACCCACGGAGAUGCACCCUCCAGCAGCAGCUCCCUGGCAGAGGCCCAGCCACCCCCGGCUGCUCCACCACAGAAGCCCCAGCCUCACCCACAGCUCAACAAGUCGCAGUCCCUGACAAAUGCCUUCAGCUUCUCUGAGUCCUCCUUCUUCCGGUCUUCAGCCAAUGAGGAUGAAGCCAAAGCGGAGACCAUCCGGAGCUUGAGGAAGUCCUUUGCCAGCCUCUUUUCAGAUUAGCUCUCCAGAUACUCGGGGCGGGGUGGGGGGAGGGCACCUAGCCCAACCGGGAAACUUAUCUGAGACAUUUACCAAUAGUCAGCCACUCUUGGUGAUAUCCCAAGACCUUGACGUGUGUGUUCCCUUCCUUUGCUCUGUUUUGCUAAGUGAUAUUGUGCAGCUCAGAAAAGACCAUGUGAAAGUCUCAGGGCAGGUGCCUAACCAGCAAGGAACACCUGAUAUCAGAGAGAAUAGAGCUGCUUUCCUGUAGUUCUGAGAGUUUCCUCUGAGGUCAUUGUUAGCUGUGAGUGUAGUGGCCUUAUUGUGAUAGUGCCCUCAUGUCUUAUUCUUCUUCAUAAAACCAGGAUUCCUUCACUGAGGACUCUUGGUAGCUUACCCUAGCUCAGAGGCAGUGCUAAGCAUGCCCCCGCUUUAGUCAGUGCUGCCUGUUUGGGGAGCAUAUACUUACCCCAAAAUGCUCUUGGCUCUAAGUGUUAGGAACCUAUCCACACUUGGAUCUCUUGUCAUACCUGUUUAGCUGUUUAAAAGACACCUGUGCAGCACAAGAGAUUCCUCUACUACUAUCAUGGUAAAGCACCUUUAGUCUGUCGAUACUGGAGAGAACAAGGAUCUGCAGUCCCCCUGCUCCACGUUUUCUCUUCUCUGGAGAGUUCUUAUGUGCGUGCUGCAGUGAUCUCGAGCUCUGAAGCUGCACUGUAGAGAAUGCAUGCCACUGUAACAGCAGUAUGCCAAGUUUUGUGUUCAUCUCCAAAUAAAUGUUAAGACCUUUGGUGUAAUAAAAGCAGCAGCAUUAACCAGCAUUUGAUUCAGCCAUGAGGUCUCCCCUAGGCCACCCUUUUGGCUGAGAGAGUAUAUGUGAAGCAUAUGUGUGUGCUUGCAAGUGUAGGGAAGGGAAAUGUCUAGGAGAGUGACGCUGUUUGUGCCAGUAUGCUUGGGAAUGUGUUUAUGUGUGAGUGGCUAUUUGCAAGUGGUUGAGAGUACGGCUAUCCUUUAGAUGUCACUUAUGUUGGGCCUCUUGACAUCUCCCGGUGAAUGCUUCCUGCAGGACAACUGAAUUUCCUUUGGUGACUCAGCAUUUCU